AUGCUGCAACUGCAGCGCCUCAUGUUCCGUCGCUCUUGCGUGGAUGUCCAUGUGCGCUGCAUCUCGUCCAAAUUUGACGCUCGUCCGUGCGAGCUCAGUGCAACAGGCCAGCCGAGUCGGGUGCUUUUUGGUGCUAAAGUUGCUUCAGAGCAACUUGGCGCGUUAAGUCGCGCUAGCGGCAUGCACAAGGUGCUGGUUGUGCAUGACCGCGAUGCCGCCGCUGCCUCACGCACGCAAUUUGUCGAGUUUCUAUUGAUGCAGGCAGGCGUUCCAUGCUUCCAGUACACGCUGGAAAGAGACUGUGCCACGCUGGAUGGUGUGGACCACGCGGCUGCCAUGGCUCAACGUGUGGGCGCCGAUGGAAUUGUCGGCUUUGGUGGUGGCAAUACGAUGGACAUGGCUCGAGCUGUGGCAGUAGUGCUGGCCAAUGAUGGGUCUGCAGUGGACUUUGUGGUCGAUAGGAGCGAGGACAGCGAAAAUGAUGAGGUUAAGUUGCAGCAAGGAAAACUGCAGACCGUGCCACUGUUGCUCGUCCCAACCAUUGUAGGGAGUGGAGCGGAAAUGGCCAAGCGCACUAUGUUGCUGGACGAUGAUGCCGAGAAAAAGUUGCUCUUUGCAGCUGGGAGGGACAUUGUGCCUGAGGCGGUGAUCAUUGACCCGACAUUAAUGCUAACAGUGCCGCUGCAUUUGACGGUGCAAGGUGCUUUGACGGCUCUGGGUCAGUGUUUGGAGUCCUAUUUGCUGGGUGGUGCGGAUGACGCUUUGGCACUGGAAGGGAUGGAAGCCGUGGCGAAAGCUCUUGCUGCGCCGCUCAAGGAAGGAAAACUGGACCUCAAGGGAGCAAUUCUACGCGAGCAGUUUGCACUUGGCAGCUUGUUGUCGGGGAUUGCAGCCAACUCGUCGGGGGCAGGAUCAGCACAAGCGCUCGCGGUGUCAAUGGGUGGCAUCUCUGACCUUCCACACGCGCAGGUAGCCACAGCUUUUUUGCCAUUUGUUUUCGACCGGUAUGCUGAGCUGCUGAAGGAGAAUGAAGGCGAAUCGUCCUUUGACGAGCUGCAUGAAAAGCUAGAGGAUGCGGCCGACCGAUUAGCGGCAGCAAGCGGAUUCCAGGGCGACAACGUGGCCACGUGGCUGCGUUACGUCAUCAAGCGCUUUGAUUUGCCGACAGCGUCUACACUUGAGCUGGAGAAGGAUAUGCUGGACGGCCUUGUUGAUCGUGCUGCACAGUACCAGGACGAGUCGAUGGAAGUAUCUCGUAGCGAUGGAAACGGCGCUAUCAUGGAGAAGGAUGACUUGCGUGCUAUCAUUGACAGUGCUGUGCUGGUUGUGACACCUGCAAAGAGCAAAGACAAGUGA